AUGUUCAUGGAAAGCAGUGAACAUGUCAAAGAUGAGCCAUGCUCUGGUAGACCAUUCACUUCAACUGAUGAACAGCACGUUGCUCAAAUCAGAGAUUUGGUGCUCAAUGAUCGUCGUAUGACAAUAAAGGACAUUAUUGAACAUGUUCCAGUAUCAUUUGGAUCUUGCCAAGCAAUUUUAAAAGACCAUUUGGGCUUGCAGCUCAUCGCUUCUCGAGUCAUCCAAAAACAACAAAGUGUUCGAAUGGCCCAGAAAAUGCUUUCUCAGGACGAAUCGUUCUUAAAAACGCAUCAUUACGGGUGA